AUGUACCUUGAGCACAUGACUUGCCGGCUACAAUCGCUCCUGGUGCACUUGCACGCUGGGGUCGACCCCGUCCGCCAGACGACAGAAAAGGGAAAGAACGACGGCAACAUGCAGCGUGCAGCACAGAAGCUCCCUGCAAAAGCAAGCAAGAGCGGUGGGUCCGUGUUCUGUUGCUGGGAAGGCGGCAGGGAGGAUGGCUACUUCGUAGAAGGGUGCAUUUGCGGUCGUUGCGAGCGCUUGACAUUCGGCGCGGCCACCGCCCAAUCCAACCAAACGAGACCAAAGAAAAGCACCGACAGUCUGCAAAAGCCCGCCCAUGCUACCACACCAACCCUGGACGCACACGCCCACACACACACCCUAUUUGUGCUCUGGCGCCGGGCCCCCCCUUUUUGGCCUCUUCCCCCCCUGCACUUGCCCUUUUCGUCACGUCUCCUGUGUUCUGCCUUCCCUGUGGGUUGA